AUGAGGAUCUCACUCAGUGCUCUUUGUUUUAUGACAUAUUUCGUAGGCUGCGAAUCACUUACAAGGUAUAUUUCUCAUAUUCAGAACUAUGUGAACCUUGUGUCAGCGUACAACCUGGAUGGCUACAGUACCAUAGACUUUCCGCCUCUUGCUGACGUCAGCCAAGUGAUGACCGUUAAUAUUGACAUGCAUCUCUAUGCGGUGAAUGGCUUUGACGAGGUAGCUGGAAAUAUAGAAUUAGUAGUGGCAUUGGAAAUGUCAUGGUUAGACGAAAUGUCUAUCAUACAAUCGAUAUCGUUCAAAAUUGAGGACAGAGCGGAAUUUCUGGUGCCAUAUGACAAGAUUUGGACACCCAAAAUAAUUUUGACCAAUGCUAUCGGGGCAACGAGUGACGUGGGUGACAGCGCGUACCUGUGUCGGUUUGAUAUGGCCAAAAAACGAAUAUCGUGGAAACCUCGCGUAGUAUUGAGCGGCUCUUGCACCCCUGACGUAACAUUCUACCCAUUUGACAAGCAGGAAUGUGAUUUCAUAUACACCGCAUGGGGGUUUAAAGCAGACGAGAUAUUGCUUACAACAAAUAGUGAUGCAUGGAGUUUAGCUGAGUAUGGCGAAUCUGGCGAAUGGGAUAUUGAUUCUACAAGUACAACAACAUAUACACAAAAUGAACAGUCUUACAUCAAAUUCACAAUUGUAAUGGUCAGGAAACCUUUGUAUUUUGCUUUUAAUAUUCUUUUGCCGAUUUUAGUUUUAUGUUUGUUGAACUCGACCGUGUUCUUGCUUCCGGCAGAGUCAGGUGAGCGAGUUGGGUUUUCGGUGACAUGUUUCUUGUCAUUCAUGGUGUUAUUGAACAUGAUCAUGGACAUAAUGCCGAGAAGUUCUAACCCGAUCUCUUUCUUGUGUUAUUAUCUCGUGGUUAUGAUGGCAAAUAGUGGCGCGAUGACACUUGUUACCAUCUUGUUAAUGCGCGUCUAUCAUAAACCAGAGAAGAGCGUGGUACCAAAAUGGAUGCAAAGAGCUGUGACUUUUGUGAACUGUGGAUGUGCAAGACUUCGAUGCUGUGUGUUGUGUUGCAGGUUUUUAAGACGUAAAUGUUGUUGUGAAGAUCAGAGAAAAUGUGGAUGCAAAAACAAAAAGGGCGAGAAAACCAUGAGCGAGGAAACGUUAAUCGAAAUAACAGUAGAUAAGGAUCAAAAUGUAAUAGAAAAACCAAUGAAGGAGGGAAAAUCGAAAAACUCAAGUGAAAAAGAAGUCAACGAGUCAAGUAAAUGCUGCUGUAUUAUUUCAUGUUUAAGAAACAAUGACACUUCAAACAAUAAAUGUUGCUGUGGAUGCAUUCUUGGAUGUAAGAAGUGCAAGAAAAAUGACGAACAUAAAUCAAAAGACUCGAGCAACACUGAAAAAGAAACGAAGUCAAAAUCUUCAUCAUGCUUCAGCUGCUUUAGAAAACGAAAAAGAAUUACAGAAGGUGAUAAUGAUGGAGUUAGCUGUGACGAUGACUCAGCAGGCAAUAAAAAGUUUAAGUCAGAAGUGAACACGGUUGAGAACACUGGUUGCUUUAGCAUAAUACGUAGCAAAAAUGAAAACGCCGCCGAUGACGGUAAAACGGAUAUCGAAUCGCGCCCAGGUUGUUUUGGGCGAAAAGAUAAAAAGGUUAAAAAACUUAAUAAAACCGAAGAAUGUUCAAUACGGUGUUUUUCUAAGAAAGAUUCAAAUACAGCUGGCAGUGGGAAUGACUCUGAAAAGAAAAAGUGUGAAAGGAAUGACGGUGGUAACAAUAAAUGCUUCGGUUUUAUGCGGAAGGCGAAAGUUUCAACUCUAGAUACUACAGAUUCGGACAUCGAGGAUGAUGAAAUGCCUGUAUCGACACGCAGUGAGGGAAGCAAGACACUUAAAAUUUCUUUUAAAGGUAAAAAUGAACUAGAUACCGAAGAAACUUUGCUAAAGCGAUGGGAAGAUGCCACUAAAGGUACAACAAAUAAAAAAGGAAAUUCUUUAAACCAUAUUGAAGAAAAGAUUAACGGAGAAGAAUUACCGAAUGAAGAUGCUGAGAACAAUGAAGGGGAGGAUGUUACCUUAAAAACUAAGUCCAUUCGGGCUUCCAUAAAAGAGAAAGAGGCAAGAGAAAGUGAGAAAUCAAAAUCAGACAACAAUGAUGACACUGACGUUAAUCUGGAAAUUGUAAGAAGAAGUAGAUCUAAAAGAGCCUCUGUGAAAGAGAAUCUACCUAAACCUGUGGAGCAUGAGAAAGUAAUUCCACAGACACGAAGCAAGAGCAAAGUGGAAACCGUGUACACAGAAGAAGAUUCUGAUGAAGGCGAUGUAGAUUCACUCGCUGAUCUAGAAGAAGAGGUCACUUGGCCGGAAGUCGGAAGAAUUUUGGAUACAUUCUUUUUUCUCGCCUUUGCCGGAGGACAAGCAUUUUUGACGGUAGUUUUUCUUGUCCCAUUGUUUACUGGGGAUACAAAAAAUAGUGACUCUUAG